CGACGAUAGGCCCUUGGAGCUUGUCGAUCGACUAUGUCUCAUUUUAAAUCUCAUCUAAAGCAACCAACGUUAGCAAUCGAACAGCCGGAAGUUGUCUCAGUCAAACCAAUUUAAAAUGCUCAUUUAAACACUUAAUCCAAUGCUAGACCAGAAAGCAGAAGUCAAAGAUGAGGCGAAUGCGGAAGAAAUAAAUGCAUUGAUAACGUAUGCAUCGCAGUUAAUUGAUACAUACAUAUACAUAUAAAACGCAGCCUAAGUUUAAAAUACAAAUUAGUGUUCUCAAUUUGUUUAAUUUAAAGUCUAUCUGAAAUGAGAGAAACAAGUAAAACAAAAACCAAUAAAAUAAAAAGAAAACACUAUUUUUAUACGCUACAUUUAAGCUAAGUAUUGCUACUUUUAGUUCAACUAUGCGUGCGUGCGUCCAAGACCAAUUCUCACAUAUAGUCUAUCUGCCCCCUUGGCCCCGCCCCCUUUUUCAUCGGUCAACGACUUUUCCAGCGUGUUUACUGUUUUGUAAAGUUUCUUGUAUUCAUUGUCAUGUUUUCCAUAAAGAACUAUAAACAAAACUGAACCAUUUUUAUAGGUUAUCUAGUGUCUAGUGUUAACAAAUAAAAAAACAAACAAAUAAAAUUUAUAAACACAAACCUUAAAUGGAAGUAAAAGUAAAUUAUAAUAUACACCAUGCGCUGAAAAUGUUAAACGACAAAAUUCUGAAAAAUGUACGGCAGCAAGUUCAAAACACUGAAAUGUAAACGCAUAAAAUGAUGAAAUAAAAACUAAAACAACAUAAAUUGUGCUUCUUAUGAGAAUAAUGAUAUAUUAUUAAUAUUGUAUUUUCAAUAAACUAGUUAUACGAGUGCGGAAAAUGCGGCGGGAUAGCAGAUAUAAAAGAGAGCCUAAAUUGUUUAGAAAAUAAGAAUUCAGUGAAAAUUGGUCUAGACCCUGAGUGAAAAUCGUAUACAAUUUUUUCAGACUUUCGAUACAAAUGUUUUGGUUGCCAAUUUUAUGUUUUUAUCGACGAUCCUCUUAUUAAAUUUUGUUUGCAACGCACACCUUUAUUCAUAUAUCUUUGACAUGCCUUUUUGUAAAUAAAAUCGCAACCACAAAAAAGAGAUAACUUAAAACGAAAACAUUAUUCAUUAAAUGAAAUAAAAUCCAACGCAGUCGAGUAGAGAAAAACUGUUGCAAUUGCUGUUUAAAUAAAAACGCAAACAGACGACAAAUUGCAAUUGAUUAGUUUUAAAAACAUUGAAUUGCUAUUCAAAAUAAAGAUCUAAUAAAAGCAAACCUAAGGAAUAAAGUUUAGUUUUGCAAGCAAGAAAAUUGUGAAAAAUAAUAAAAGUGUGUUUUAUUUCAUUUUUAAGAUAUGUAUGUAGGCUUUCAUGAUCCGAAUGCCUAUAGAAACAGGUUGUACCAGAUGGCUACAUUUACCCUGAUAAGAACUCUGAUCAAGAAAAUGUAUAUAAAAAUACAAUAUCCAAUGGGGUCAGUAACAUGGAUACCGCAAUAUAUACAUAGUUAUAUUUAUUUAUGCGUGAUAAUGCCACAUAGGAGUAAUUAUUCCCAAGAAUAUUAUAAAAAUCUCUUUCAGUACUCAUGUGGGAAAAAAAUAUUGUGAUACUAUUUUGGAACUUCUCAAGCGCACCUCGCGUAUUCCGUAUGCAGCAAGUACCGUUACGGCCACUCUUGGCCAUUUCAAUGCCAAUCACGCAUGCGCACAGCUCAAGAGAAAGAUGCGGAGAGCAGUGUUCACUUAACAUUGCCAAGUCCACGACGUCGGAACUCCGAAAGAAACCCAAACCGAAAUAACGGCGGCUUAAAGUCUCAGUUCACUCUGAUCGCUGGGACAGUGCGGUUCGGUUUCGACUUGGUCUUUGAGCGAGGGCUUUGGAAAAAGUGAAAAAUAUAUAUAAAAACGCCGGAACUGUUGCCUAAACCUGUUUUGGCCAAGUGAACACAACAACAAUAGCAGCGAAAACGCAUGCAAGUGACGAAACGACCUUAAGCAAAAGCAAGAAAAAAUUAUAAAUAAUUUACUUGGCUCUCAAUUAAAAAAAUUAAACAUAUAUAUUUGGAAAUCUGACCAUCUUCAGUGACGCAGCGGAACCGGGAAAAAACCCAGUAUGCAAAAUGCUGCAACGUGAAUAAGCAUUAAAGAUUAAAUCGAUUCAAAAAUUUGUGAAAAAAAUAAAACGUGGCUUAGGAAGUGGGAGUGAUACAAACCAGAUCGGGAUAACAAAGGAAACGAAUAAGAUGACAUUGAGCAGCAGCGUUCUUUGUCUGCGAUUGCAGCACCAUUUAUUACUGGUUACUUUAACGAUUUUCCUGCUUCUCCCCGCCGCCUUAGUGGCUCAGAACGAAGAGGAGGAUGGUCCGUACCGUGGAAAAUAUCUGGGCAAACUGAACUCUUACCAUCAUCAAGUGUCCGGCGAUGUGUACGCCGUGAACGAGUACACCUUUCUCAUUGUGGGCUUCAACUACGACGGCAACGGGGCGGAUACGUUCUUCUGGUCGGGCGCCAGUAAUCGGCCGGGACCGCAGGGAUUUAUUGUGCCCGAUGAAUUUGGCAAAACCAACAUCCUGGAUCGCUAUCACAACAAAGACUUCACGCUGACACUGCCGGAUCGAAAGAAGAUAACCGAAAUCAAAUGGCUGGCGGUCUACGAUCUGAGCAGUCAAAACAACUUUGGGGACGUUUAUAUACCCGAGGAGUUUGAACCACCGAUGAGCCAAUUGGCAGGUACCUUCUCCAAGCGCAGUCACAAUGUAAGCAGUAGCACCAUCGAGAUCCUGGACUCGAAGACCAUUCGCAUCAAGGAAUUUACCUACGAUGGGCUUGGCAAGAGGACAUUUUUCUGGACUGGAGUAGGGCCACAGCCUUCUAGUCGUGGGAGCAAGUUGCCAGAUGAGCGAGGAUACCUUGAUCCUAUUAGAGCGUACAACAAGGAGACCAUAGAACUGGAGCUGCCUGGAGAUAAGACUAUCUUUGACAUCGAUUGGAUCAGUGUAUACGAUGUGGCUGACAAUGAGAACUAUGGUCAUGUGCUGUUCAACGAUAAACUGAACGUUCCACCAUCGCUAGUGAAAGUAACACCUUUCGAAUUCUCGCUGCCCAAUUGCCGGCAGCUACACAAGGAUAUGCAGGUGUCCUGGGAGGUUUUCGGGCCACAGAUCACGUUUCAACUAUCCGGUCAGGUGGACCAGAAAGAUUACAUGUCCUUUGGCAUUUCCGGAUCCGAUGUAUCCAGCCAGAUGAUUGGCUCCGAUGUCGUGGUGGCCUACAUAGACGACAUUAGGGGCUAUACCGUGGACUACAAUAUCACUUCGUUGGCACCGUGCGUUCAGGUUUUGGGCCAAAACAAAGGAGUUUGCCGGGACGAUGUGGUUGGUGGACUGGAUAGCUUCCAGUUGAAUACAUACAGUCGCAAGGAUGGCAUUAAUACGAUCAGUUUCAGGCGCACCCUCAAGUCAUCCGAUGAUGGCGAUAAGGAGAUCUUCCUAGACCGCAGCAACUACGUGGUCUGGGCAUUUGGUCCGUUGGAUUCGAACAACGAGCCUGCCUUUCACACUUACUAUCCCAAGAGCGAUAUAGUAAUUGACUUUAACACCACGGAGCCGGUCAAUGAUUGCUUUGCGUUUACAAGGAGAAUGGAGACGACUAAUCCCCCAACGUGGGAGCGAACCAGGAUAACAGAUGCAACUGUACGCACCUUCAAUGCCUACUUGGGACCCUCUGGGGGACUUCGUGGCUAUCAGGGACUGACGAACCAUGUGUCCAGUGGCUUGGCCUGGUACAUCAAUGGCUACAUGAUUCCAGAACUUUACCUAAAGCGUGGCCUGACCUACACCUUCAAGGUCAGGGGUGGCAAUAAUCCCCACUCCCCGGAGCACUAUCAUCCGUUGGUCAUCACUGAUGAUCCCCAGGGUGGUUAUGACCGACUGUCGGAUGCGAAGCAAAGUGAGAUUCGCGUAUUGGCCGGCGUUGAGUUCACCAGGAGAGGCAGACCCAAGCCCACGGCUGCUGGUCCGCUGUGCCUGUCCAGAUAUCCGCCAAACAGUGAUCGUCGCCUGGAUGAUAACUUCCCCACCUUCAAGAAGUUCAAUCGGUCGCUGAUCACCGAGUGUGUGGAUGGGGAACCGGCCCUGUUGGAAAUCACACCGAAUAUCACGUGGCCGGACACUGUGUACUAUAACUCCUUUACCCAUGGCAAUAUGGGCUGGAAGAUUCACAUCGUGGACAGUUAUACCAACCUGAAGAGCGGGGCGAUGGGCCUAUCCUGGUCCUUGUGCAUCGUCCUGCUGCCGUGGCUCGUGCUCCAGAACUGACUGUUUUCUCAUCCUUAGAUUCUCCUACCUAGUGUCUUAGUCUAAAUUAAGCAGUCACAAUCUAUGUAUUUAAUACGCGUGUGUAGAAUGUAUGCUAAAUGUUGUGUAUAUUAUUAUUUAUAUGGUAUUUAAAUACAGAACUGUGUUGUACUUUAGAAUGAACCAUGAAGUUUUCAUGCGACAAAAGUUAACUAAAAUGUAUUAUCCAAAAACAAAA